UUUCACGAGUUAUACUUUUUCGAAGCUGCCACCUCCGGCGAGAGUCGGGGCACACCUGGGAGAGGCGAGCCCCAGAGCGACCCGUGCCGAAUCCCCCCCCAUUUCUUUUCUCCUCCUCGCUUUCUUGCCGUGACGUUUGCCCAAUCACGGCAGAGGACGGGAUUGGGCAAUAAUCGAGAAGAGGAAUCAUCGGGCAGGCAAACAAACGAUUCCGAGAAAUCGAAACACUGGGAACCAGUUCAACAAAAGAACCCAUUGACGUUGUCUGAUAUGAAAACAAACAGACACUUGUUGAAAGAAGCAUUGAGAGAGGACAGGAGAACCUCUCCUCCGGUCGCCUUCACAGCACCUCCCAAUUCCGGACUCGGAGUGAUGAUCGAGCCCGAGUCCCACCAUCAGAACCAGCAUCAGUCCUCCGCACCCAGAGGCGCGCAGCAGGGCCCGGACAUGGCCGUGUACUGCGAUUCCCUGAGCGGCAUGUACCACCACCACCACCACCACCACCACCACCACCAGCAGCAGCAGCAGCAGCAGCCGCCUCAGAGCCUCCAGAACCCCGCUCACCGAGCCGCCGGCUUCGGCCUGCACGGCGAGUACGCCUCCCCGCCCAGCCCGUACCUGUGGGGCGUCAACCCCGCAACACCGGCGGCGGCGGCGGCGGCGCCUUACCUGCACGCCGGCAGCCCCUCGGGGCCCUUCGGCCCGCCCUCGUACGGCUCCCCUCGGCCGUUCCUGGCCGCCGGCUCGCCGGCCUUCGGCGGCCCGGAGCUGGGCUGGCUGUCGGUGGCCAGCCAGGAGGAUCUGCUGAAGCUGGUGCGGCCGCCGUACUCGUACUCGGCGCUGAUCGCCAUGGCCAUCCAGAACGCGCACGACAAGAAGCUGACGCUCAGCCAGAUCUACGCCUACGUGGCUGACAACUUCCCCUUCUACAAGAAGAGCAAGGCCGGCUGGCAAAACUCCAUCCGCCACAACCUGUCGCUCAACGACUGCUUCAAGAAGGUGCCGCGCGACGAGGACGACCCCGGCAAAGGAAACUAUUGGACGUUGGACCCCAACUGCGAGAAGAUGUUUGACAACGGAAACUUCCGGCGAAAAAGGAAGCGAAGGUCUGACCCGGCGCCAGUGGCGGGGGCCACCAAGAUGGAGGACGUCGCGCGGGCCCCGACGCCCAAACCUGCCGACAACUCCCAGCUCUCGCCCUCGGACACGGACGCCCUGAGCGACAACCUCAAGACGGCGUCGCCGUCGUGCUUCAGCAACUUUUACAGCAGCAUGUCCUCUCUGGGGGGCCCGGCGGCAGCCCCCGGGGGGAGACAGGCGGGGCCCCUGGGCCUGCUCGACGAGCUGUCCAGCAGGAACAUUGGCGCUCUGCAGGGCCCCUACCACGCGGGCGGCCAGCAGGACUCGGCGGGGUCGGAGCACGGCGGCGAUGGUCUGCACUUCAACCGCGGCGUGUACUACAACGCCUUUGGCGGGGGGCAGGGCGGACAGUUCAACAGCCACCUGUACAACAGCUUCAGCGUCAACAGCCUCAUUUACCCCCGAGAAGGGGCCGAGCUAUAGGGGACGCACGCCCCCCCCGGCCACACUCUCCAGACACUUUCUUAGAUACACUCACAAUCAGAAAUUCAAGGUUUUUGCUUGCCAUGAAACUCUGCGCGUUUACCUAAUGAAGUGACCGACUAGUGACGCAUCAUCAACAAGCACUUGUCUCCUUUUGUUGAUAAAUUACGUUAAAUACACUCAUUUGUAAAGUUAGACCUGUGAUCAUGGUACGUUUUUUUUUGCUCACAUUUAAGGAUCUUUUUUUUUUUGUUUGUUUUUUUUCAAUGUACAGCCAUGUCAAUCUUUUACAAGCUUUGGCCAGAUAAAGUUCGGAUAUGCAGAGUUUUAGGUGGAUAAAGUUCAGGUAGUCAAGAUUCAGCGAAAUAAACUUCAUAUAUGUCGUUAUUCGGCAAAAUAUACCAGAUAAGGCGAGAUUCGGCGAACUUCAGAUAUGCCGUGUUUUGGCCAGAUAAAGUUCAGAUAUGUCGAGCUUUAGGCGGUUAAAGUUCAGAUAGUCGCGACUCGGUGAAAUAAACUUUAUAUAUACCAAGCUUUGUACUGUAUGUCAAGCUUUGGCUAGAUAUAUUUCAGAAAUGUUAAGCUGUUAGCUAAAUAAAGUUCCGAUAUAACAAGCUUUUGGAAGAUGUAUCGAACUUUGGCUUGGUAAAGUUCAUAUGUGUCGAGCCUUGGCUGGAUUAAAGACCACAUAUGUCGAGCUUUGUCAAGAUGAAGUUUGGCUACGUUGAGUUUUGGCCAGAUGAAGGUUAAUCUAUAUCACGCUUUGGCUCGAUAAACGUCAGAUAUGUCAAGCAUUUGGCUAAAUAAAGUUCAAAUAUGUCAAGCUUUGGCUAGAUGAAGUUAAGAUUUGUUUAGAUUUGGCCAGAUGAAAUUUGGAUAUGUCGAGUUUUGGUUAGAUAAAGGUAAAAUGUCGAGCUUUGGCUACAUAAAGUUUGACUAUGUUGAGCUUUGGCAAGAUAAAAUUUGCAUGUCUCAUUUUGGCUAGAUAAAGUUCAGAUACGCAUCAAACCACAUCGAGUCGUACCUCAAAUUAAAGGCAAUGAUGAGGGCUUUGCAGAUCUGUAAUUAUGUCGACAAUAUUUCCGACUGUGAAGACGCAAUGACCAAACAACUUCAAACACCAACCCUUAUUGAACUUGCAAAUCAGCACGAACCCUGUAGGGGAAGCGUUUUUUUUAUUUUUUAUUUUUUUCUCGCUCUGCGGCGGCCGAACGAGUUCAAACCUGCCAAAGUUGCCUUUUAUUUUUUUGAGCAGGGAACA